AGCCGCGCUCGUGCACUGCUCCCAGUCGGUGACUCGUGGUCGGUCUCGCGCGCCGGUGCCAUGGCGUCCGGAGAGGAGGACGGAGCGCUCGAGGAAAAGGAAACGAACAACAAGAAGCGGACGAAGGGAAUUAUCGCCACAGCAUGGCUCAUGUUCUACAAUAUCGCCAUGACGGCCGGGUGGCUGGUGCUGGCUGUAGCAAUGACUCGCUUCUAUCUCCAGAAAGGCACACACAAGGGCUUGUACAGAAGUAUAGCACGGACACUUAAGUUUUUCCAGACCUUUGCUCUUCUGGAGGUUGGGCACUGUGCAAUUGGAAUUGUACGGACAUCUGUGAUUGUGACUGGGGUCCAAGUAUGCUCUCGAAUAUUCAUGGUUUGGUUUAUCACACAUAGUAUCAGACAGGUCCAGAAUCAAGAGAGUGUGAUCUUGUUUUUGGUGGUGUGGACAGUCACUGAGAUCACACGUUACUCCUUCUACACGUUCAGUUUGCUUAAACAUCUGCCUUACUUCAUCAAAUGGGCCAGAUAUAACUUGUUCAUUGUCAUGUAUCCUCUGGGCGUGGUUGGUGAACUGAUGACCAUAUAUGCUGCUCUGCCAUAUGUUCGGAAAGCGGGCAUGUACUCUCUAAGGCUCCCAAACAAAUACAACGUCUCCUUCGACUAUUUACUUCUCAUCAUUGUAAUGCUCUCCUACAUCCCACUGUUUCCUCAGUUAUAUUUCCACAUGCUACGUCAGAGGAGAAAGGUGCUUCAUGGGGAGGUUAUAGUGGAGAAAGAUGAGUAAAAGUAAAAUCCCAUGCCGUGCCAUCCACCCCAACAAUCAAUUAAUGCUCAGACCUGGACACAACAGAGAAGAAAAGAUAAUAUCAGACGUGAUGAUCAGCAACAAAACCUACAAUUUGCAACACAUUGGAAAUGCUUCAGUAGCCAAAUCUCUGCUACGACCACUCCUGGUGUCUAUCACUUGAAUGGAAAUACUCCCGGUAUUUCUGAACCUCCAAAGUAUGGUCAAUUACAUGCUUUAGUUAUAUUUUAUGUGGUUCAUCCAAAAGGAACUGUUAAUUGACUAAACCUCUAAUUUGAAUUACAUCUUUUUUUUUCCCCCCACUGAAAUCCUUUU